AUGGCCUGCGUCCCCAUCCUCUCCGCCGGCCGCGGCCUCGGCUUAAUCUUUCCCCCGCUCCUCUCCCCCCGUCUCUCCCCCGUGGCCCCUCCCCUCCGGCCUAAUCUCCGUGUCGCACCUGAUCUCGAGAGCCACAAGAGCCGUUUAUUGCCCCGUGCCUCGGAUGCUUGGAUGCACGUCGAGGCCCCGUGCAUGUGGACAUACCUGUGUGCUUGUGGGGAUCUCGGGGCUGCGAGGAGGCUGCGGACACAGCUGUGUAUGGGGCUGGGAGGGUGUACACGAAGAUUUGGUGGACGGAAAAGAAAUGGAACUUUAAGAGUUUUUAAGAGUGUCUGGAGGUGGACUCAGGGUCAGCUUGAGUUGGAGAGCGACACAGCGUUCCGACUAGCGGCUCUCGCUCUGCAGGCAACGUACGGCGACUUCACACAUGAGACGUCGACACACUCGCACUUGAAGAAGGCCCAGGUGCUUCCCGCCAGUGUAAUCCGCGAUCACCCGUCACUACAGUAUUGUGAAGAACGGGUAGCAGAGGAACACAAACAACUAAUUGGGCACACUCGCGGCCACGCUAUCUUACAGUAUAUGAGUGUGGUAGAGCGGGUACCCACGUAUGGCGUGCAUUACUACGAGGUGAGGGAUAGGUCCAACUUACCGUGGUAUCUUGGUAUCAGCUACCGUGGCAUUGCUCAGUACGACUACCUCGACAAGAGAAAACCUCGACGCGUCUUCCUGUGGAAACAGCUUGAGAACCUCUACUUUCGGGAGAGAAAGUUCUCGAUAGAAGUACAUGAUCCAAAGAGAGUGGUGCACACCCUGAGCUCCUUUAACCUGUACGAGGAUGCCAUCGAAGACUCCAGGGACAACCAUGAUGACCUGCUAGCGGCCAUCACCGAAGCAACCACACAAGUAUCUGUGUCAAGAAGAACAUUUGGACCUGGCAACGUUAGUGUUUACGUUUGGUUCGCAGAGACUCAGGCGCUCUGCAAAGCAAUCUGGUCGAUGGCGAUCGCACAGCAUCAGUUCUACCUUGACUGCAAAACCUCAAGAAAUGAGGUGAGUGGGGUUCGGGAGUUUCCCGAACUGGCAGUUGAGCUUUCACGCAGUUGCGUUUCGCUCUCAACCCAUUCCUCCUCGUCAAAUCUAUCAAGAUCUGGCUCCCAUUCAUCACUGGUUAACAACUCUCUAGCAGAGGACAGUGCAAGCACAGAGAGUUUACAUCAAGCAAGGAUGGAGAUGCACAGUGCCUUGAAAGAACGUCGCGAUGCCCUUCAAGAAAAGCUGAAGGAAAAGACAGAAGAACUGAGACUCCUUUGUUUAAGGGAAGGUGAAUUGACAGGGGAGUUGCCUCCUGAAUAUCCAAUAACUCCAGGCCAACCACCACCAACUGUACGCAAGAGAGUUGGCACAUCAUUUACACUCAGUGAAAAUCUCAUAAAUAAGAUUAUUAACAAACAGGAGGAGACUGUAGCUGCUUUAGAACUUGAAUAUGAAAUUCAGGGAAAAAUAACUAGUGCUGCCCUGAGAUUAGCAAACGAAACCUCAGCAAGAAAAGGAGUCAGAAAGCAGCGCAAGCUCUCCUACCAACAAUCUGCCCAGAGAUUAAAAGAUCUUGAGCAGAAACUAAAAGCCGCAAGGGCCAAGCAAACAGCAACAGCUAACAGUAUGCCAAAGCAAAAGAAAAAGCCUCGUCCUGUAUCAGACAGUGAAGGUGUGGGCGGAUACGAUGAAAAUACGAAUCCGAAUAACACGACAGUAAGUAGCAGUCAAGAAUCGCCUCGAGAUCACUUACGAGACUCCCUCCGAGAAUCAACCAUAACCGAGGGCGUCAGUCUGUCUCCAGCACUGUCCCCUCACCCUCCAGUCUCCCCAAGGUCACCCUUACCACCAUCUACACCAGUCAGAGCAAGGGCACGGAGGGACCUCUCACCAGGGGGUCACAGUAUAUCAUCUGGAGGUGUUCAUUCUGCUCCAACCAGUCCUCACAAACAGCCAAAUGCAAGCUCAAGAUCAGCUAGUCCCAACAGACCUCAUAGUGGAUACAUCCCUAGUUCUGUGUACACUAGAAGUCAGUACCGCAGUCAGCAGUACCCGACCCUCUCCACGCGCUCCCAGUCAGUCCCGGCGGAUGAGGGUCGGGUGCCACACCCAAGGACUACCAACGGAGCUUAUCCUGUGCCCGAUCCAGGCAUUGUUCUUGCUGAAACACCCGGAGGUCUCUACAACAUACCCCAACAACGCACUUCCCUUGCUUGUCAUAGUCUGGAUGACCUGGGAACCCCAACCCAUAUCAGCAAUAAUAAUAAUAAUACACCCCAACAGUCCCACCAUAACCACCACCACCAACCCUACAGACCGAGAAAUGACUCCCAGGAUAGAAAUCUUGUGUCAUUGUGUUUGCAUAUUGACAUGGACCAAAGAAUUACUAAGGUCUAUAAUGGAGCUUAUAGUAAUAAUAGUCAAAUCCCAGGAAAUAAAAUCCUGUAUAUAAAUGACAAUGUAUGUGAUAUUCUACAAAGUCCACUCCUCAGGUACGGCAGUUUGGACCGACGGCGCGCCAACAACGGGCGGCUGGAGUCACGCAGCAUGGAACACCUCGAUUCUCUGCCCUCCCCCAGUAUUCCCCAGCAGUCUGCCCAACAUACCUCACACCACAAUCACCAACACACACUGUCACCAAAUCUCUUACAUCCCAGCCAUGCAGCGUCCUACCCCCACCACCCACACUACCACAAUCACCAAUUCCAAUUGCCAGAACACCACCAAGAAGCCAUGGACACUACAAGCGAUUCCCAUCCUAACACAGCAAACUGUAGCUUUGACACCAUCUCAAGUGAACGAUCAGGAGGAGGAGGUGGAGGAGGAGAUGAUGAUGCAGUGGACGGAGCAGCCCUCUAUAGAACCCAAGGAGGACUCCAAGGAAGCUCCCAAAAUUACCGCCACCGUAGUCAGAGUGGUCCUGGCAUGCCUGCACCAUCUUCUCAGCUCCAUCGUGGGACAGGUCAUGGUGCCGUUCAGAGGUCUCAGAGUGGCACAGUUCACAGACUGGUAAGGACUUCUAGUGGAAGAAGUUACAUGGAAACUACAUUUGUUUCAGAGCCAAAUCACAAUCAAGAAAAUAUUCCUCCACUUCGUCCAUCCUCAGAGUUGUUGCCUUUGCGACCAACAAGUAGCAUGCACCAUGAUGGUCACCCUCCCCUUCGACCCACCACUACCUCCAACACUGGGGAGAUCUUACCUUUGAGACCUACUGUAUCAGACCUCCCACCAUUAAGAGCCACCAAAUCCAGCAGUGAACUACCUCCUCUUAGAGCAACAUGCCCAAAGAUGGAGCCUCCUUGCAGUCACAACUCUUCCAUGAACACAUCAAUGUCAUCAAUGGCUGAAGAACCAUUAAUGUCACUUGCAGAAGCUGCUAGAAUGAAAAAAGAAAGAGGGAAAGAGUGGUAUGAGACCUCUCUAGACUCACCAGCUUCUAGUAGAAGGGCUAAAAAGAGCAUGAGCAUGAUGGAGAUGAAUGAUUCUUGCCAGAGUAAUGGUACUGUCAAUGCAAGCCAAUCUAAUUUAAAUGUGAGUGGUAGUAGUGUUGGCAGUACAGGAAGUAGUAAUGGAAGCGUAUUCCCAUCCCGUUCGGAUUCUGCAGACACUUCCCAAACAUCUGUUCCUUAUGAUUCACCACGCAAUCAUAUGAUAAUCUCGGCAGGCUCCUUCCAGCCUUCUCGUGAAGUCACAAAACCAUUUGAAAUGUCUGAUUUUUACAAGUAUAGUACAAAGUAUAGGCGUCAAAGUUCCAGUAACUUAGUAGGUAUGAACAGUAGCAGUACAGGAACAACAAGCGGCUCUGUUAGUUAGCGUGAGAGUGUGAGGGGAACCCCACUCUCUCCAGUCCUGCCUCCAAGAGCACAAGUGCUUGUAAGUAACAGUAAACUGCUUCCUCCAUCACCUAAUUUAGUUGCUCAUCACUCAUCUCCAGCACCACAACAAAAGGGUGUAUACCAGCCACUUACACCUCUUACUUGCCAGCCUCUUGGAGUAAUGAAAGGGUCUCCAGCUCCUGGUGAACCAGAGGAUCCUGUUGGUGGUGCAUGGGAAGCUACGCCUUUACAUCAGGCUGUUCCUGCAACAGUAACAAACAAAAGGUCUGCCACAUUGGUCUGA